GUAGUAUCGAGUAGCAUCGGGCAUGGACUAGAAGCAUCACAAGGUUUAAUUAAGUAAAUUUGUUGAAAUAAAUAGCAACAAAAUGGCUACUAAUUCGCGUGAACAGUGCACCAUGCAAUGUUUCGUCGUGUUCAAUUGAUUAUUGUUUCCAACACUCUGAAUUCUUGAUUUAAAAAUGUAGAAUGCAUUUAAAGUGCUGUGCGUCGGCCGAAGUGUACAAAAAGGAAAAAAACAAGUCCAUGUCGAGUGUAAUAUUUACGCACAUAUCGAAAUCUAACAGACAACGCCGUGUAGCUAAAUUUAUGGCGUGCUAGAGACAUGUACAACGCUUGUCAUGUUUUGUUUUGGUUUCGCAAAGUUUUCCAGUGAAGAAAGAAAACAUAUCGCGACACUUGCCGGCUUGUUGCGCCAAUAAAUUAAUCGUUCCGUUUACAGUUUAUAACUAGGCAGUCACAGCCAGCUCCAAAAACCCAAGCAACUGCACUGUUCAAGUUUCAGUUAGUGUUACAGUGACGCAAUGCUUAUCGCGUGCCAAUUACAACAAAAUCAACAACAACGUCAUGGAGAAUGAGACAACAAAGUGAAGACGCUCACUCUCCUUCUCUCUGCAUGCAAACAUAGCAGAAUACCUGUCUGCCUGCACUUUAAAUAAUUUCUGGGCCCCUUUUUGUGCGUGUGUGUAUUAUAUAUAUGCGCGUGUGUAUAUGCAUGUGAAUGUGUUAGCUAUGUUUUCUGCGACACGAUAAAAACAUAGUAAAUAUUUAUGUUUGGCAAAUGAAAGGACGACUCUUUGCGACUCGACCUAGCAACCGUAAUUCGCUUCAAGUCCUCUGGUUCCAAAUGUCUUUGGAGCUUUGACAAUGGCUCGUGGGCCAUAUACAAGUCAUCAUAGUAAUAUUAAGCUCAAACAAUUGUGCCAAAUUACGACAUCAAAAUGUGUAAAGAAUUGUAGAGGAAACACUCGCCACCUUAGCUAUGUGAUAAGCUUUCUACUCAUCAUUUGCUCCUGUAUCUCAAACAGUUGGCAAUACAAAAAUGUGCAUGGAGGACCCGUCUCGUCCUCCCUGGUUGCUGGAGGUCCCUCCGCUCCUGGACAGUUCAUUAACACGCCAGCAACGCUGCUGUUCACCACCCGCCAUGACAUCCAAGUGGCGAACAUAACAAAGCCAACGGGCGGUCCACAAAUCGAUGUGAUUGUCAAGGACUUGGCCGAGGCGAUGGCCAUUGAUUUCUACUACGCCAAGAACCUUGUAUGCUGGACAGACUGUGGCCGUGAGAAGAUCGAGUGUGCGCAGACGAACUCGACGCUGCCAUUGGCCAAGGCGCCCAAGCAAACUGUGAUAUCGAGCGGUCUGGAUAAGCCGGAGGGAUUGGCAAUCGAUUGGUAUACGGACAAGAUAUAUUGGACCGAUGGCGAGAAGAACCGCAUCGAGGUGGCCACACUCGAUGGACGCUACCAGAAGGUCCUCUUCUGGACGGAACUUGAUCAGCCUCGUGCCAUUGCCGUUGUGCCCGCCAAGCGAUUGCUCAUUUGGACGGACUGGGGCGAGUAUCCGAAGAUCGAGCGCGCCAGCAUGGAUGGAGAUCCGCUGACUCGCAUGACUCUCGUCAAGGAUAAUGUGUUCUGGCCCAAUGGUCUAGCUGUGGACCUGGAAAGCGAGCUUAUCUACUGGACUGAUGGUAAAUUUCGUUUUAUCGAUGUGAUGAAACUAGAUGGCAGCAAUCGACGCACCAUAGUCAACAAUCUGAAGUACCCGUUCAGCUUGACGUACUUUAACAAUCGUUUAUACUGGACGGAUUGGCUGCGUGGCUCCCUCAAUGCUUUGGAUCUGCAGACAAAGGAGCUGAAGGAGCUCAUUGAUACGCCCAAGGCGCCGAAUUCAGUGCGCGCCUGGUCGCCAUCGCUGCAACCGUAUGAGGAUAAUCCCUGCAGUCACAAUAAUGGCAACUGCUCCCAUCUUUGCCUGCUGGCGACCAAUGCCCAGGGAUACAGCUGCGCCUGUCCCACAGGCGUCAAGCUUCUCUCCUCCAACAGCUGUGCCAACGGCUCGCAGGAGAUGCUUUUCAUUGUGCAGCGAACGCAGAUUAGCAAAAUCUCCCUGGACUCACCCGAUUAUACGAUCUUUCCUCUACCACUGGGCAAGGUUAAGUAUGCCAUAGCCAUUGAUUACGACCCGGUGGAUGAGCACAUUUACUGGUCCGAUGUGGAGGCUUAUACGAUAAGACGUUCCCAUGCGGAUGGCAGUGGAAUUACGGACUUUGUUACCUCCGAGGUGCGACAUCCCGACGGCCUGGCCCUCGAUUGGCUUGCGCGUAAUUUAUACUGGACGGAUACGGUAACGGAUCGCAUUGAGGUCUGUCGCCUGGAUGGUUCCGCACGCAAGGUGCUGAUCUAUGAGCACUUGGAGGAGCCGCGUGCCAUUGCAGUGGCGCCUUCACUUGGUUGGAUGUUCUGGAGCGAUUGGAACGAGCGCAAGCCCAAGGUUGAACGUGCUUCGCUCGACGGUUCCGAGCGAGUGGUGCUUGUCUCUGAGAAUCUGGGCUGGCCCAAUGGCAUUGCCCUGGAUAUUGAGCAUAAGACGAUCUAUUGGUGUGAUGGCAAGACGGACAAGAUCGAGGUGGCCAACAUGGAUGGCUCCGAUCGUCGAGUUGUCAUUAGUGAUAAUCUGAAGCAUCUGUUCGGUCUGAGCAUCUUGGAUGAUUAUCUCUACUGGACAGAUUGGCAGAGACGUUCCAUCGAUCGAGCGCACAAAAUCACGGGCAACAAUCGCAUCGUUGUUGUCGAUCAGUACCCCGAUCUUAUGGGUCUGAAGGUGACAAGACUGCGCGAAGUGCGGGGUCAGAAUGCGUGUGCAGUGCGGAAUGGAGGUUGCUCGCACCUUUGCCUGAAUCGCCCGCGGGAUUACGUCUGCCGCUGUGCCAUUGAUUACGAGCUGUCCAACGAUAAACGCACUUGUGUGGUGCCAGCUGCGUUCCUGUUGUUCUCGCGCCAGGAGCACAUCGGACGCAUCUCCAUCGAAUACAACGAGGGCAACCACAAUGACGAACGCAUUCCAUUCAAGGAUGUGCGGGAUGCGCAUGCCUUGGAUGUCUCGGUGGCUGAGCGUCGCAUAUAUUGGACGGAUCAGAAGACCAAAUGCAUAUUUCGCGCCUUCCUCAAUGGUUCCUAUGUGCAACGCAUCGUCGACUCGGGUCUGAUUGGUCCCGAGGGUUUUGCUGUCGAUUGGCUGGGACAUAACAUCUACUGGGCUGAUGCGGAGGCGCGUCGCAUUGAGGUGGCUCGACUCGAUGGCAGCAGUCGGCGCGUGCUGCUCUGGAAGGGCGUCGAGGAGCCACGCUCACUUGUGCUGGAGCCACGACGUGGCUACAUGUACUGGGCGGAGUUGCCAUCGGAUUCCAUACGUCGCGCAGCUAUGGACGGCAGCGAGCUGCAGACGAUUAUAGCGAAUGCCAAUAAUGUGGUCGGGUUGACCUUUGACCAGGACACCAGACGUCUCUACUGGUCAACCCAACAGCGCCCGACGAUCGAGUGUGCCGACUGGGAUGGCAAGCGGCGUCAGGUACUGGUCAGCAGUGACAUGGUUGAACCGUACGCUAUCUCGCUGUACCAGGACUAUGUCUACUGGAGUGAUUGGAAUACGGGAGACAUUGAGCGUGUUCACAAGGUAACCGGGCAGAAUCGCAGCCUUGUUCACUCGGGCAUGACGUACAUCACCUCGUUGCUGGUCUUUAACGACAAACGGCAGACGGGAGUGAACUCCUGCAAGAUCAACAAUGGCGGCUGCUCCCAUUUGUGCCUGGCACAACCCAGCCGACGUGGCAUGACUUGUGCGUGUCCCACACACUAUCAGCUCGCCAAGGAUGGUAUCUCUUGCAUUCCGCCACGUAACUACAUUAUAUUCAGCCAGCGAAACAGCUUCGGCAGACUGCUGCCCAAUGCCACCGACUGUCCCAAUGUUCCGCUGCCAGUGUCAGGAAAGAAUAUUCGGGCCGUCGACUACGAUCCCAUCACGCAUCAUAUUUACUGGAUCGAAGGACGUAGUCACAGCAUUAAACGGUCCCUUGCCAACGGCACCAAGGUGAACGUUUUAGUCAACAGCGGUCAACCAUUUGACAUUGCCAUCGAUAUUAUUGGACGACUGCUGUUCUGGACGUGCUCUUACUCCAACAGCAUUAAUGUGACCAGUUUCCUUGGGGACCCGAUUGGUGUCAUUGACACCGGCGACUCGGAGAAGCCGCGCAACAUUGCCGUGCAUGCAAUGAAGCGUCUUCUCUUCUGGUCGGAUGUGGGCAAUCAUCAAGCCAUAAUUCGAGCGCGCGUCGAUGGCAACGAGCGCAUGGUGCUGGCCUUUAAGCUGGAGGGAGUCACAACCCUUGCGCUAGAUCAGCAAUCGGAUAUGAUUUACUACGCACACGGCAAGCGUAUCGACGCCAUGGACAUCAACGGCAAGAAUGUCAAAACUCUCGUGUCCAUGCACAUCUCGCAGGUGAUUAACAUUGCAGCAUUGGGCGGCUUCGUCUAUUGGCUGGACGACAAGACAGGUGUGGAACGUGUGACGGUGACUGGGGAGCGACGUUCGGCUGAAUUGCAGCGUCUCCCACAGAUCACGGACAUACGCGCUGUUUGGACACCAGAUGCGAAGCUGCUCAGGAAUCACACUUGCCUGCACAGUCGCACAAAGUGCUCGCACAUUUGCGUAGCUUCUUCAGAUGGCUUAACGCACUCGAGAGACAUUUGCUCGUGCCCCAAGCAUUUGAUGCUGCUGGAGGAUAAGGAGAACUGUGGUGCACUGCCCGCCUGUGGACCGGAUCACUUCACUUGUGCCGCGCCUGUGGCCAGCGAUAUGAACAAGGACUGCAUACCAGCAUCGUGGCGCUGCGACGGUCAAAAGGAUUGCCCCGACAAAUCAGACGAGGUGGGCUGCCCCUCGUGCCGGGCGGACCAGUUUAGUUGUCAGUCGGGCGAGUGCAUCGACAAGUCGCUUGUCUGCGACGGCACCACUAACUGUGCCAACGGUCACGACGAAGCCGACUGUUGCAAGCGACCCGGCGAGUUUCAAUGUCCCACCAGCAAGCUCUGCAUCUCUUCUGCUCUGCUCUGCGAUGGCUGGGAGAACUGUGCCGAUGGUGGCGACGAGUCCAUCGAUAUUUGCCAGCAGCGCAGCAUGGCGCCCGCAUCGGAUAAGCGCGCCUUUAUGAUAUUGAUUGGCGCCACCAUGGUCAUAAUUUUCUCCAUCGUUUACUUGCUCCAAUUCUGUCGCACACGCAUUGGCAAGAGCCGCACAGAGCCCAAGGAUGAUCAGGCAUCGGAUCCACUUUCACCAUCGACGCUUAGCAAAUCGCAGCGCGUCUCGAAGAUUGCCUCCGUAGCGGAUGCGGUACGAAUGUCGACGCUUAACUCGCGCAACAGCAUGAACUCGUAUGAUCGCAAUCAUAUAACUGGUGCCUCCAGUUCUACGACCAAUGGCAGCAGCAUGGUCGCCUAUCCGAUUAAUCCGCCACCAUCGCCAGCAACACGUUCGCGUCGUCCGUAUCGGCACUACAAGAUCAUCAAUCAGCCGCCGCCACCUACGCCAUGCUCCACAGAUAUUUGCGAUGAAUCCGACUCGAAUUACACGAGUAAAUCUAAUAGCAAUAAUAGUAAUGGUGGCGCCACCAAACUAUCAUCGAGCUCGGCAGCCGCAUGCCUGCAAUAUGGCUACGAUAGUGAACCGUAUCCGCCACCUCCGACGCCACGCUCGCAUUAUCACAGCGAUGCACGUAUUGUGCCGGAGUCAUCGUGCCCGCCGUCGCCAUCCUCGCGCAGCUCCACCUACUUUUCGCCGCUGCCGCCGCCACCGUCACCGGUGCAAUCUCCAAGUCGCGGAUUCACGUAACAUUUUGAAUUCCACUUGUAAGAAA